AUGCUUCUCCAAGAAGCCCUCCUAGUCAUCACCCUAUGCCUCUCCACAGCCCUAGCAACUGGGCCCUUUUCCUACACCAACACCACCUUCCUCCACAACAACAACCCCAUCCAACUACUAGGAGGCCAAAUGGACCCCCAACGCAUCCCGUACCAACUCUGGUCCGACCGGCUCUCCAAAGCCCGCGCAAUGGGCCUCAACACAAUCUUCUCCUACAUCUACUGGGACCAACUCUCACCAACACCCGGAACAUGGUCCAACACAGGCAACAACGAUAUCGCCCGCUUCUUUAAAAUAGCACAGGACCACGGUCUAAACCUCGUCCUCCGCCCAGGACCCUAUAUCUGCGGUGAACACGAAUGGGGCGGGUUCCCGGCCUGGCUGGCCGAAAUCCCAGAUCUCAUCGUACGGACAAAUAACGGCCCUUUUCUCAACGCAACGAGAUCAUAUUUCCAAAACCUCGCAACCGACCUCCGUCCCCUCCUCGUUACAAACGGCGGUCCAAUUCUCAUGAUCCAAGUCGAAAACGAAUACGGCUCCUACGGCUCGAACCACGCGUACACCUCUUCACUACGAGAUAUGCUCAGCUCCACCUUCGGAGAGGAUAUAACCCUCUACACGAACGACGGCGGAACCUCGUCAAUGCUAAAGGGCGGCCAGGUCUUUGGCGUCUUAGCCGAAAGCGACGGCGAUCCGAAGACCGCCUUCGCUGCGCGAAACAAAUACAUAACCGACAAGAGCAGUCUAGGUCCCCAGCUCGACGGCGAGUACUACGUAACCUGGCUAGACCAGUGGGCCAGCAACAAGUCACACCAGAGCGACGACGGAGACAGAAAAAGCAUCGACAAAGUCAAGAGCGAUCUAUCCUGGAUCCUGGACCAGAAUGCCUCGUUUAAUAUCUACAUGGUGCACGGUGGUACAAACUGGGGCUUUCAGAAUGGGGCUGAUUGGGGGGAUUCGCUGGAGCCGAUUACGACAAGUUAUGAUUAUGGGGCGCCGAUUGAUGAGGGUGGGAGGGUUAAUGGGGUUUAUCAUGCCAUUCGGGAGAUCUUGUGCGAGGAGCCGGUGGUGGAAAUUCCGGAGAUUGGGAUGCGGUUUGUUGGGGGUCUUUUCGAUGCUCUCCCUGAGCCGGUAGUGAAAGAGAGACCGGUUAAUAUGGAGGCACUCGGACAGAGUGUUGGAUUCACGCUAUACCGACACGUUGCGAAAAAGGACAGUCAAGGCAUGGUAAAGCCAGGCGAUGUACCGCGUGACAGAGUCCUGGUUUACGUGAACGGGAGGCGAGUCGGUGUUAUUGAUAGCCUCUACGUGACACCGAACAAGGUCAACAUCGACCUGAAAAAAGGCGAUACCCUCGACAUGCUAAUCGAGAAUAUGGGCCGCGUGAAUUACGGUCCUAGGAUUGUUGAUCAGCGGAAGGGCGUUGUUGGGGAUAUCAGUGUUAGUGGUGAGGUUCUUUUUGAUUGGGAGAUAUACUCCCUUCCUCUUUCGUCGCCUCUCUCCUCCUCUUCAGCAAAAACUUCUGCUAUCCGGAAAUUGUCAAAUAUAUCCAGCCCAGCCUUCUUCAGCGGCACCUUCAACAUGACCACAAUCGGCGAUACAUUCCUCGAAUUACCUGGCUGGACGAAGGGCGUUGUCUGGGUGAAUGGGGUGAAUCUGGGUCGGUAUUGGGUGAUUGGGCCGCAGCAGACGCUUUAUCUACCUGGGUGUUAUCUUCGGCAGGGGGGGGAAUGA